AUGUGCUCCAGACAAAGCUCCGGAGGCUGCCACGGGAUGUCCUCCCAGUCCAGUGGGUGCCACAGUGGGGGCUCCUCGUGCCACGGGGGCGGCUCCUCCAGCUACCAGUCCCAGGGCUCCUCCUGCUGCGGGAGCUCCUCUGGCUAUGGCCUGGGAGGGGGGUACGGCGGUGGGUCCUCAGGAGGCAAGGUCAUCAUUGCAGGAGGAAGCAGUGGAGGAUCCUCUGGAUGCUGCAGUGGAGGAUCCAGUGGUGGCUGCGGGAUAGGGGGAGGAUAUGGUGGUGGAUCUUCAGGAGGCAAGGUCAUCAUUGGAGGUGGAGGUUCCAGUGGAGGAUGUUCAGGCUAUGGGAUAGGAGGAGGGUACGGUGGUGGCUCUUCAGGAUCAAAGAGCAUCAUUGUGGGUGGAGGUAGUGGUGGAGGAUCCUCUGGAUGCUGCAGUGGAGGAUCCAGCUAUGGGCUGGGAGGAGGCUACGGUGGUGGUUAUGGUGGUUAUGGCUCUUCAGGGUCAAAGACCAUCACUGUAGGUGGAGGCAGUGGAGGAUGCAGUGGUGGCUAUGGCGUGGGAGGAGGGUACGGUGGUGGAUAUUCAGGAUCAAAAAGCAUCAUUGGAGGUGGAAUCAGUGGGGGUUCCUCUGGAUGCUGCAGUGGGGGAUCCUCAGGAUAUGGCAUAGGAGGAGGAUACGGAGGUGGUUCCUCAGGAGCAAAGGUCAUAAUUGGAGGGGGAAGCAGUGGUGGAGGUUCCUCUGGAUGUUGCAGUGGAGGUUCCUCAGGAUAUGGGAUAGGAGGAGGAUAUGGUGGUGGUUAUGGUGGUGGAUCUUCAGGAUCAAAGAGCAUCAUUGUAGGUGGAGGUGGUGGAGGUUCCUCUGGAUACUGUGGUGGAGGGUCCAGCUAUGGAGUGGGAGGAGGGUACGGUGGUGGAUCUUCAGGAUCAAAGACCAUCAUUGUGGGAGGAGGCAGUGGAGGUUCCUCUGGAUACUGUGGUGGAGGAUCCAGCUAUGGCAUAGGAGGAGGAUGUGGUGGGGGUUCUUCAGGAGGGAAGAUCAUCGUGGGAGGUGGAGGAUCCUCUGGAUGCUGCGGGGGAGGAUCUGGGGGUGGCUCCUCGGGCCAGACCAUCAUCAUCAGCUCUGGAGGGUCCUCCCAGUCCUCCCAGCAGAAGUGCCCCAUCGCCAUCCCCAGCAUAUCCCACCAGUCCAAGCAGAGCUGCUGCUUCCCCUCCGGCCAGAAGUGA